CUUUUCUUUGUACUGUGAUAUGAAUAAGUGCUGAUUUUCUUGAAGUUUUCGCAUUGCUUCUGCUAGUUCCGUUCCCGUUUUUCCCAUUGGCAUAAUUUUAAAUUAUUAAAAAUUGUGAAUAUUUAAACAAAUUCUAUUCUGUUUAACCCGAAUUCUAGUGUUUAUUGUUUUCGCGAACAGUAACUCUUCGAAAUAAGUAGUUUGGUGAUCUUGGUUGUUCGUUUUUUUAAUUGUAACGAAGCAAAAUUUUUUGAACAAUUUAUUUAAAGUAAUAUGAGUAAUGCAGUCGCUCAAAAUGGAUCAGGUCUAGAGCAGCAGUUUUCUGCUCUGGACUUGCAUGAUAACGCCUCACGUUCUGGGCGUUACAUUCCCCCUGCUUUACGCAACAAAACCACAGGGCAGCCGGAGAAUGAAAGAUCUGAUAAUUAUUCAGUGAACAGAGGUGAUUUCAAAUCAUCCAGAGACGACUACGAUUCGCAAAAUUACAAUCGUGGUGGUUCAGGUUAUAACCGAGGAGGCAAAGGUGAUUUUUCAUUCAAUCGACGCGGUGGCGAUUCGUACGAUUCUUAUAACGGCAACAGCGACAGAAACGAUCGCGAGCAACGUUCAGCCGGAGGAGGCAACUAUAGGAACAAUUAUCGCGAUGUUAGAGAGCCCAGAGGCGACGGAAGAGGUAAUUACAGAGGCGGCGGAGGAGGCAAUGGAGGCGCUGCCGGUGGUGGCGGAUCGUGGAAUGAUCGAAACCGAGCAUCAGGAGGACCUCCUCAGCAAUCGCUUCCGAGAAACAACCGAUGGCAAGAGUCGGAAGGGCGACAGCAUCGUGAAAACGAUUGGCUCAUUCCGCUCCCCAAAGACGACCGUUUGGAGGAAGAAUUAUUCGGUACUGGUAACACCGGAAUUAAUUUUAACAAAUACGAGGAUAUACCGGUAGACGCGACUGGCGAGAGUGUUCCUGAACAUAUUACUUCGUUCGAAAAAGUACAACUGACCGAAAUCAUUACUAAUAAUAUUGCGCUGGCCGGAUACGAUCGGCCAACUCCAGUCCAAAAAUACGCUAUUCCAAUCAUCAUGUGUGGUCGUGAUUUGAUGGCUUGCGCUCAAACAGGCUCUGGUAAAACGGCCGCCUUCUUGGUUCCUAUUUUGAAUCAAAUGUAUGAAAAUGGACCACAAUUUUUCAAAGUUCCAAAUAACGCUAGAAAUUCAUAUAAACGCAAACAUUAUCCAUUCGGAUUAGUCUUAGCUCCUACUCGCGAGUUAGCUACUCAAAUAUACGACGAAGCGAGGAAAUUCACAUAUCGUUCGCGACUUCGUCCCUGCGUCGUCUAUGGCGGAGCACAUUUCGGAGACCAGACCAGAGAUCUGGAUCGAGGAUGUCACUUAUUAGUGGCCACUCCGGGACGUCUAGUGGAUAUGUUAGAACGAGGAAAACUCAGUUUGGAGUGUUGCCGCUUUUUGGUGCUGGACGAAGCAGACAGAAUGUUGGACAUGGGUUUCGAACCGCAGAUCCGAAGAAUCGUCGAAGGAGACUUGAUGCCGAAAACGGGCGAACGUCAAACUCUCAUGUUCUCCGCUACUUUCCCGAAGGAAAUUCAAAUUUUAGCCCGAGAUUUCCUCGAUAAUUAUAUAUUCUUAGCGAUCGGACGCGUCGGUUCGACAUCCGAGAACAUAACCCAGCGAAUAUUAUGGGUCCACGAGAACGAGAAGAGAUCCUGUUUAUUAGAUUUACUCGGCGCCCAUAAAAACGAACAGUCGGCUCCCGAUUCGUUGACAUUGAUCUUCGUCGAGACGAAAAAAGGCGCGGACUCGUUGGAGGAGUUUUUACACUACGAGGGAUAUCAAGUCACCUCGAUCCACGGCGAUCGAUCGCAACGCGAACGAGAGGAGGCUUUGAGAAGCUUCAGAUGCGGAAGUACACCCAUCUUGGUGGCGACCGCUGUCGCCGCUCGUGGUCUCGAUAUACCGCACGUUACACACGUCAUCAACUUCGAUCUGCCGUCCGAUGUUGAAGAAUACGUGCAUCGUAUCGGACGUACAGGACGUAUGGGUAAUCUCGGAUUGGCCACGUCUUUCUUCAACGAUAAAAAUCGUAACCUUACUAGAGAUUUGGUCGAGUUGCUGAUCGAAACGAAACAAGAGUUGCCCGGAUGGUUAGAGAAUAUGGGCAUCGAGUGCAAACAACCGUCUAUGCAGAGACGUAAUAAUUCCAAGAGCGGCGGAAGAUUCGGAAGUGGGUUCGGAUCGCGCGAUUAUCGUACUCAAAGUAACGGUACCAUGUCUAGUAAUACCGGAAGAGGUAAUAGACGCGAUGGUGGAUAUAAUUCAUCGUAUAAUCAUAGCGGAGGAUUCUACGGAUCGGGCAACAGCAGCAGUGGAGCAGCUGUAUCUACUAGUAACUGGUGGUAAUGUUCGCCGUUUUCCGAAGAUGAGAUUAACAGCCAUUCGAUCCUCGUGUUGCGUCGAAAAUAUAGGUCUAUUUUCCAUACCCAUAAAAGCCCAUUGCAGUUUUUUGCCUCUCUCUCUCUCUGUUUCUCUAAUCUACCUACAUUUUAAAAUGAAAAGUAUUUUUGUGUUGUUUAUUUUGGUCGUGUCGCCCAAAAUCGCCUAUAUAAGUUUUUCUUUUUUAUUUAUUGUUAAAAUGUAAGUACUCUCUUCUUUAAACACAUGAUCGAAUAAAGUAUCUUUAAUGUUUGUUUCGAAA